UCUAGAGCCGAAAAGAAAGCCGGUUGCUAUGGAGGCCGUCGGGACUAGCGAUUUGACGCCAUUGAUUGGCUGAAGGGCGGAGCUAACGCCGGCGGUGGGAGAAAGUUCAAGAUGGCGGUGAUGUAAACAAUCAGCGGCGGAGAUGUGGAGUGGUUUGUUACCUCCUGGUGUGAAUGAAAGUGAUGUUGACAUAAGUUCUGAUGAGGAGGAAACAUUGGAUGAUCCUGAGACUAUCAUAAAGGAUGAAAGAGAACAAAAAGAUUUUGAACGAUAUCAGAUUUUUGAGACUCGGGAACCUGAAAGCAUCACGCAAAACAAACCUGCUUCUGCAGCAUUGGCAGAUGAAGAACAGGAAUCCCAAGCAUGUCCGUCUGGGGUUUCUUUAGAUAUGUGGAAUAAAUUUCAGAGCCUGCAAAAGAAAAACUUUGAAAUGAAAAUCCAAGUAAAAAAUCAGAGAGACAAGGGACAAAAGAGAAAGCGUUCCAGAAAAGAAAAAUUGAAAAAGGACAGUGAAGAAAUAACUGAAAGCCAGCAAUCCAUAAAGGAAACAAAGUUGAAGGAGCUCACUCAAUAUUUUGGAAUCAAUGACCGGUUUAAGCCACUUGCAAGCAGGGAAGCCCCUCCCAAGUCUGGCCUUGAAAUCAGCAUAGAUAAAUCUUUGGCUGAAGGAAACAUUGAACAAGCAGAGGAAUUAAGUGAUAGAUUAGCUACACGAGAGCUCGGUGUGGAAAUUGCCAAAGCAGUUGCUUGCCGGAAUUUUGUGAAAGCAAAGGAAGAAGCAGAGGCUUCUCAAGAAGCCAGAAAGAAAAGGAAGCUUGCUUGGGGGUUUGAAGCCAAGAAAAGAUGGGAAACAAAAAGCAACAUGGGAUACAUGUAGCUCAUCGUGCCUUGGAAAGGGGUGGUGGUUUACAGCUGAGGAGGAAAGUUUAUUAAUACUGAAAAUGUAUAAAUUAUAUAUUGGUUGGUGUUUAUAUGUAUUAUUUGUUCAGUUGGAUGAACCAAUGUGGUGAGAAAUCCCUAAUAUGCGUGCCUGCGUGUGUGUGUAACUCAGAUAUUUUACAUUUGGCCCUUGACAUUUCUUCAAUGUAUUCCCUUUGUAAUGCCUGAGGAUUUAAAUGUGCUUGUUUUUCAUAAAACUAUUAAGAAUAUAAUUGGGAAGGAGAUUCUUUUAUAUCAGUGUGUUGUUAUUUAUCACUAUCAAAAUCAGUUUCCCCCUAAAAACCAAACACAGUAUUUGCAGUGUUUCUAUUGUUAAUAAGACCAGGCAAUGGUAGUAUUUCCUCAAACAAAAAAACACAAGUAAAUUAGACUUAUUUUCCCCUGCAGCUUCUACAAAUGUCUGUUACCUGGGUGAGAGACGAGUAAAAUUCACUUACUGUUAAGCAAGAUGAAAUAUUUGAGGCCCAAAGAAUGAUUUUAACCUAAUGGUGAUUUAUUAUAUUUGAGUCCUAUGAACUUUUUAUUUUGCCAAGUACUAGUAAUUUCAGAGUUUAUGACAAGUCUUACGUCUUCCAUCUUGAUUUCAGAUGGUUCGUUCUUGUUUUGUAGCCCGAAGGAUGUUUGAUUCUGCUCCCCCCAUGUAAUGCUAUAUUUCACAAAGAUGAGAGUUUGCAAUACAGCAAUCUAAAGUCAACUGUAAUUAGUUAUAUUGACAGCUAAAUAUACAGCAAUGUCUUUAAAUCACCGGCCAAACAGGUUUCUACUGCACAGCACUAUAAAUCUGCAAAUCCUUCUCCUAUACACAGGAGCUGUUCAGAGAGAGGUUUUUUUUUCUGUAGCAAAAAGGGAAACAAGUAUUGUCUAGCCUCAUAAUGUUGAAUAUCUGUGUGCAAUAUUAUUAACAUCAUAAACAAAACAGACAUAUUAAUUUCCUUUCUUAUAGUAAUAGUCUAUUAUCCAAGUAGUUCUUUCAAGUUUUCAUAGCCUUUACUAAGAAUAGCAAAGUGAAAAGAUAUAUUCAACACCCUUAGUUGUCAGCAAAAAAGCUCUUUCAACGUCUCAAUAUGAUCCAAUUCUUCCCCCAGUUGAUCGUCCAACAUUAAGCCUUGCAACGGUGUUGUGCACCUUAUAUGUAUGUUCAAAAGACUCUGGAGAUUAUCACACAAGUUUGUAAGUCACGGAGGCCCGCUAGAGAUGAAUAAAAACUACUCUUGUGCUUUUGUAUGGAA